GCUAUUUGUUUGCUAUCUAUUCAAGAACCCACAGUUUCUCAUUUCUUUCUUAUAAUUUUACCAAUGAAUUCAUAGGCUCUCACACCGUUAAUUUCUUCACUCAUACUCCAACUUCUAGAAUUUUCUAAUUGCCACCCAUUAUUGUAGUAAUCUGUCACUUGAAAAUUUCCCUCUAUAUACCUGUAUAUUUUCGGAGAUAGACGAAACCAUAAAUACCUUUGACCUUCACUGUAAAACUGUUCUGCUACCUCUUUGAGCUGUUGAUACUUAUUGAAACUUUGCCUUGGUAACAUAGUAUUGUUGUGACCUUGUAAUUCUAUAUACACACAGAGCAGUGGGUGUGGAGUAUGGAAGCAUCAAUUGGGUUAAUAGACGUCGAGGGGCAUGCUUCUCGAAGCAAAGAAUUGCUCUGGUUGUCUUCUAUUUUUGCUGGUAUCAUCAUGUGCAAAACGGUUUAUGAAUUAACAGGUGUGGUUAGCCCUAUAAUAUUCAAGGGAUACAGCAAACUCGGCAACAAGGUGAAACUUGAAUGGAACAACCGGGGGUUCUCUACUUUUCAUGCCAUUAUUGUGGCAGCUGGUUCUCUAUAUCUCUUGCUUGCAUCAAAUCUAUUUGAUGAAUCUAAUGAUGAGUUGAUUGUCAAUAGAAGAUCAACUUUAUCAGACACCAUACUGGGGGUAUCCAUUGGUUACUUUCUAACAGACUUGGCAAUGAUUAUUUAUAACUUUCCGGCUUUAGGUGGCAUGGAGUAUGUUUUGCACCAUGGACUCUCUAUGUUCUCAAUUAUUCAAUCACUUUUGAGCGGUCAAGCACUAAUUUACAUACUGAUGGUUCUCUUUUCUGAGAGCACAACUCCCUUUGUUAAUCUAAGAUGGUAUCUUGAUGUUGCUGGUCAGAAGUUGUCCAAACUGUACAUCUUCAAUGGUGUGGCUUUGUUCUUGGGGUGGCUGGUAGCAAGAAUUCUUUUGUUUGUCUACUUUUUCUACCACAUGUUCAUCCAUUUUGAUCAGGUGAAGGAAGUGUACCCCUUGGGCUUCUACAGCUUGCUUACUGUAUCCCCGGUGUUGUCAUUAAUGAACAUAUUCUGGUUUUGGAAAAUCGCAAAAGGCUUGGUAAAAACCUUGAAGAAGGCAGGGCACAAUGAGUAGUAGAGUCAUAGUACUUAGUAGAAUAACUGCUUUUGGAUUUCACAUCAAGGUACAUUAAUUCUUUGUCACACUUCUAAUUCAUCACUGACAAGUAUAAUGUGGUAAGAUAUGCUUGUUGAUUAUUAUUUGGCUCAGCUUGGUAUUUAAACUUAUUAUUGGUUGCCGUA